GUGGAGCAGGCUGUGGUCUGCCCUUUGCACGGCUACGCUGCGGUGGACGAGUACUACGAGGCCGUGAGCCCUCACGCCUUUCUGGGUCAGAUCGCCGUUCCGACGCUCAUCUUGCACACGGAGGACGAUCCCUGGGUUCCUUUUGACUCUUCGGUCAUCAAGCAGCUGCAGAACCCUCUCCUUUUCGCGGCUGCCUCUCAGCGCGGAGGCCACCUCGGCUGGCGAAGCACCGACGCAGGCAAGGGUACCUGGGCCGAUUCCAUGGCAGCGCAGUUCAUCAAGGCUGCUGCCAGCCAGUGGUGA